UGUAAUCCAGAAGAUGGUUGGAGAUGCCCUGUAACCAUUUAAUUUGUCUUGUUGAAUGCACUACAUCCCUAGUUUUCAUUUUUGCCGAGUGGUAGAAUGGAAGUAUCAUCAAAUUCGAAUUCUCUAGACGAGGAUGUCACAGAUAAAUCAAUUGUCCUUGGGGAUGUCAAGACAAGCAGCAAGGUGCUGAAUCCUCUAAUGCCAGAAAUGGCCGGCCUGUCAGGGCCAUCAGACAGCACAGAACAGGACUGGGACAGAAAGAGUCCUGACUCAUCAGCAGGGGCAUCCAUGACCUUUCAGAAAAAGGACAAGACUUGUCUUGUGUGUGGGGACAAGGCAUUAGGAUACAAUUUCAAUGCUGUAUCCUGUGAAUCCUGCAAGGCAUUUUUCAGAAGGAAUGCCCACAAGGUAAUUCGUGGGAGGUGUGAAGGAAGAUGUGACAUCACAAUAGAAUCCCGUUCAUUCUGCAAAAAGUGUCGUCUGGCCAAAUGCUUCACUGCUGGCAUGAGGAAAGACAUGAUAUUGAAUGAUGAGCAGAAACAAGUUAGGAAACAAAAAAUUAUAAUUAACAAGUUACGAAAACAUGGCCAACUUCCACCGGAGGAUACCUACGCUGCCACUCAACAGGAUGUCAACGAUACUCUGCAAGAUCAGUUCCGUUCACAGACACUCCACAAUUUACGGAUGUCUUUUCCAAACUUGUCUGACAAAGAGCUGGAUGUUCUGAUGAAAAUGAAGAGUGAACCAUUCAGUGCUAAUAGAUUCCCUUCAAUAGACAUCAAAUAUCCAAGCUGGAGUGAAUCACAGGAGAUUGUGGCUGAAAUCAUAGCAAGCUUGCCAGAGAUUGACCAAUGUAUACUCAAUGAAUUAAGGAUAGCUCAUGAACAGAGUUCCUUCUUGGCAAACACUUCAACAUCAUUAAAAGCUCCACCAUCUAAUGCUACUGAGUUUGUGAACUUAGCUGAAGGUUUUGUGAGAAGGAUAAUUAAAGUGGCUAAGAACAUUGAAUUCUUCAAAAUGAUUUGUAAGGAAGACCAAAUUGCUUUACUUAAGGGCUCAGUAGUGGAGAUUAUGAUGCUACGAUCAGCAAUAAACUAUGAUGUUCAAACAGAAUCUUGGAGUUUUAGCACCAUGAAGUGUUUGUCCAAAAGUCCUGGCCCUUCGUCAAGUUCCGAUUCUGGGUCAGGAUCACAGAUGAGUGGAAUCUCUCCUACAACAGAAUUACAGGGCGAACCAUUAUCCCAGAAAAUGGGCAUGGGAAUGGGAGGAUUUCCUGGAAUGGGACAAAUGGGAGGACAAGCCAAAGAGGAAGAAUUGAAGAAAUUUAAGGAGAUGAUGAGUGCUCGGAUGAAAGAGGAGGGAGGGGUUGGCAGUGGUGUUGGAACGGUCAGUGCAGAUAUUCUCAAAAUGGGAGGAUCAGAAACUCAUAACAUGUUCUUGACUUAUUCAAAAUUCAUCAAGUCCCUUAUGAGAACAAUCCAUGGGGACCUAUUAGCGCUAAAGCUGCUUAUCAUGCUGUCUCUGUUUUCAGCAGAUCGCCAAGGUGUUAUUGAACAUGACAAAAUUCAACAGAUCCAAGAAUGUUAUGCUGGAAUUCUACAAAAAUAUGUUCAGAGGAGAUUUCCAGAGGACAAAAUCAUGUUUGCCAAAAUUGUAAUGAAACUGACUGAUCUACGGAAUAUUAAUGAAGUGCAUACAAAAAUGUUGCUCAAAAUGAAAGUGGACAGUAUAGAACCCUUGUUGAUAGAAAUAUUCGAUUUGCCAAACGAGUGAACAUUAAAAGCUUGUUUCAUUGCCUUCAGAGUCCAUUACAUCACCAAUUGCUCAAUCAUCUGGAUUUUUUUUUAUUACAUCAUAUUGAUUGUAAUACUAAUAUAAAGCUUCAUAAUCACUUGUUUUCAAAAUGUACAUAUGGAUGUAAGAUAGUUCACUCUUUACAUUGUAUUGUUCAGACAUAUUGCAUGAAGACUUUUCAUUUGUCAAGCAUGUAGAAAAGAACCAUAUAGUAUUGCAAUUUAUCAAGCAAUGAAAAGAAUUUGCAAACGAAUUCUUGCGAAACAAUUCCAUAUACAUGUUUAAUAUUUAAGUAGAGUAGGAUUCACAAUUUAAUCAUUGUCUGCACCACAAAAAGCAUGAAAAGAAUGUUACAUAUCAACAUUAUGUUAUGUUAGGUGGUUUAAAGUAUACUUGGGCAUAUAUUGCUAUUUUGUUAAUCUUAAAAUGAAAUGCUCAAAUGUUGCUCUGUUAAAAUGACUAUUUGAAUUUUACUGAACACCCCCCCACCCCCCCCCAAAAAAAGGAAAAGAAUCCAAGCAAAUUGAUACCAAGUGUAAAACUUAAUAGAAUGAUGUCAGCAAGUUUCCUUGAUGUAUUGUACCAUUACCGUUUUUCCAGUUUUCAUUUCUGAAUACAGAGUAGAAGCAGUCCAUUAUAGAUUGUUAUGAUUUCAAAUUGCUACUAAAAUGAAUGCCAGAACCAAAUUAAGUUUUAUCAGUGUAAUAUGACCUCAACUCAUUUUCCUGGUAAAAUGAAAUGUGAAGCUGAUUAUUUACAAAAAUUCUGAUUACAUUUUUAUAGAAGUACAUUUUGUAUAUUAAAUUUUCAUUACCCGAUGUCCCAGAACAUUUUGCAGAUUUUUAUCAAUCACCUUUCUCAAAACUUUCUAAGUAAUUUAAGGGUAGACUAAGAUGUUCUGUAUUGUAAUUCAUUAUUAUUUCAAAAACUCUUGAAAUCCAAUUAGUUACUACUUUUAUCUCACUUUUUUUGCUUCAAAACCUAAGUUUUAAAAGGUUAAAGUCCUUAACCAGGUAUAAAUUAAUGACAAACUCUUUUUAAAAGAUAUGCCUUUAAAUCAUGAUACAUGUACAUAGGGAGAAAAGUUUUUUCUCAUUGGGAGUAUAAGUCCUAAAACUUAAAUGCUGAAUACAUUUUCUUCAUUUUGUGAAUGUUUUUUUGUUUAAUGUUGUACUUGUUAAUUGUUGUUAUGAGAGGUAUUUUUGCUUUUUUUUCAAUUUUUUUUCCUGUUAAAUGACAACUAACACACAUGAGUAGUGCUUCAUAAUCUUUUACCCCUUUACCACAGGAUUUUUGAUUCUGUAGUAAGGAUUCCAUAGAAUUGAAAAUAGUUUGGAAAUUUUGUACUUCUAUCCUAAACCUAGAAGCCAAAAACUCAUCAUAGUUGACAUCUCUCAAUCGACUCUUCCUUCCAUGCUUUGUACAUACUUUUCUAGAUUUUAGGUGAUCGAGAAAUCUUGUUCAAUUUUUAUCAUUAAAUGCUUAUUAGAUUUUUUUUCACAAAUUUUAAUGAAUCUGUUUUCUAGUGUUUUGUGACUUGUUGAAAAAUUGUUCUAUUCUUGACCGGUGGUAAUUGACCCAGUGCUAUUGGAGCUUUACUUUUGCUUUUCUGCUUUCAACAAUGAAGACGUGAAAAUACAUACCUUUUGAUUCACAGAUAUCAGUGUACAAAGUUCAUUGUUCUUUCAUUGUGUCUCUGUGUGGUAAUGUCAAUAUUCCAGUGGAAACAAAGAUUUUUGUUUUCAGCAUUUUUGCAGAUUGUUGGUUCUUUCACACCUUAUUUUUUUAAAAAAAAAAGUUUUAUUACAGAAUUCAGUUUCAUUUAACUGGUUGAUUUGUCACUGUAAAAAAUCCUUUUGAUUCUUAGUGCAUAAAGGUCAUGUGUAUUUUUCAAAAUGAGCACUCACACAGAAACUGUACAUAUCAGAAUAAAAUUUUCAGAGAAACAGAGAUUAAGAAAAAGAGAUAAAUGAAAUGUGAAAUUUUAACAUAAAAAAUGGGUAAAUAUAAGAUAUUUACAUAUUGAUUCUUUAUGGUCAAUAAAUUAUAUCAGCUGUAGGUAUAAAUUCAGGGUGCAUAUAGGCUUCUUUAAAAAGUUCGGAAUGAAGAACAACAAAUACCAUGUCCUCCGUAUAAGUUAAUUAGCAACAUAACAGCUAUAUGUUGUAGUGGUCGUUGGUACAUGUACAACCCAUGAGAAUUUUUUUUAUAGAUUGUUCAUCAUUUCCAUUCCACUAACAUUGAUUUUUUUUUUUAUUAAAAAAAAAAUCAUUUUUGACAAACUGCUGUGAGAUUUCCAUGACUCAGGACAUUAUAAAGAGCAAGGACAUUGUACCACAGAAUUUCCCAUUUAUUUAUAUAUACCAUGAGAAGAACAAGUCAUUUAUUGGUUCAGACUAGCCGUUUGUCUCCCUUGCCAAGAUUUUUCUGUGGACUUUAAAUUCAAUAAGCAUUUUAGUUCCUUCUUUGUCAUUUACUUCUCAUUUAUGGAAUUUUUAACUCUACUGGUCAAAGAAUACAAGAGUUUAUGCAUUGUUAAAGUUAACCACAACCUGCCUGCUGUUCUGUCUUUGAAUUUUCUUUAAAAUGUUAUGUAGUAUACUCUGAAAGUUGUACUCUGAUUUUAGUAAAACCUGGUAUACAGAUACAUGUAGAUUCCAUCAACAUACCUAGUUUUGACUUUGGAUUUCUUAACUAAUUUCAAAAAACAGUUUAUCAUAGUCACUGCAAGAAGAAUAAUCUGUGAAAAUCUGCCAGAAUUCUAUUCCUCCUACAUAAUUAGUCCGAUUUUAGUUAAAAUUGGUACAAUUCAAGACACCAAAUUCUGUAUAUUGGUUUUCAAUUUCAGUGAACAGUGUUAUAAUGGUUACUAAAAAUAGAGUAAGAAAUAGAAUCUAUUCAAACUCCUUCUUGCUUUUAAAGGAAAAUGAGGACAUAUAGAGUGUAAAUUAUCAUCAGUUCAAAUCAGUACAACUAUAGUCUCAAUAGGGACUUCUAGGUAUCUUUUUAAUGCAAUUCUUUGUUCCUGUAUAGUUAAACUGAUGAAUGAAAAGGCAGGGCGCAGCUGGCAUUACGGAAAAAGUUACAGAAAUUCUGUUUCCUUAAUUGUAUGUGUAAAUACAUUUUGAUGAACAUUUUUGGACAAGGACACCAUACUGAUAUUAUUUGUACCUAUGAUAUAGGACUACAAUCGAAAUGUUGAGGAUUUUUUUUUAAACAAGAGAGGAAAUUAGUUUGAGUGAUUGUAGGUUUAAAUGAUUUUGAAGAAAAAUUUUUUAUAUACAUAUAAGUAGAAACAGUAUAUAAAUUGAUGAUAUUAAGCAUUUUGCCAAACUUCAAAUGUAGAUGAUAUAUUUUUUUAAUUAAAAUAGAUCAAAUGUAAAUAAUAAGAUGUAUGGUUUCAGCUCGAACACAGGUCACUAUAUCUUAUUUUUUUUUAUAUAUUGACAUAUUAGGAUUCCAUAAUUCACAGCCAUGAUUUUUCUGUGUCUUUUGGCCAGAUUGCAAAGCAAAACUUGUCUAUGGAUCAUUAGACUAGUGUUCAUCUGUUCAUCCAUCUGUGGAGAGAGCUUUGUUUAACAGAACAGUUAAACAAAACUUUGUCCCAGUUAUUGUCAAUUAAUCCUCCGCAUACAUGAAGGUUAACUACAUCAAAAUGUUUGAAUUAAGAUCUUGUGCUUCACUUUGAGACUGGUCUAUAAAACUUAAAAUUCUGGUAUGUUUGCCUAAUUUGAUUAUCCUCUUUUAGUAAAAUAUGUGAAUCAGGAUGCUGAUCUUAGACAGAUUGACUUGACCUGGUAUUUUCAGAUGUGUCAAUGAAACUUUUAAUUAAGUUGGAUGUGGGUGAAAUACAACCAUAUACUGAACAGAAUAAGAAGUUUAAGUAAUGCAAUCUGAACUGACAUUGACAACUUUCAAAAUAGAUCAAUGAAUCGGCUCACCGUAGGUAAUUAGUAGAUGAAUCAGGAUUAUCCCUGCUCUCAGCACCACUUCUGAAUCAAUUUCUCUCUGUGCAAUUAGAAAAUGAAACUCAUUAAACCUCCUUAUAAGAACAUUUAACAGCUACUCUCAGAAUCAGUUUUCGAACAUGACACAUUUGUAAAUCUAGAUAUUUUUUUAAUACUAUCUUUGGAGUCGAUCAUGACUUUGUAUUGCUGAAUAAUACUUGUAAUUGAUGAAUAAAAAUAUAGAAUUAAAUGUCAUGUUUUUUGUUGACUUUGACUUUUACCCUUGUACUUAGUUCUAAUAUAUUCAAAUACAUGCCAUAUAAUUAUAUUGUUUAUGUAACGAACUGAUCACAAUAAUUAUGAUUUCAUUUUAUCAAACUUUGAAUACUUUGCAAUCUGGCCUUACUGUUUGUAGCAAUUUUUAAAACUUAAAAUAUAAGCAUUUUCGUGUGCAAACAGCAUUUGAAGUGUUAUUCUUUAUUACUGAUAUUAUGUCCAUUAAGGCCACUUGCUAUUAACAAACUUUCUUGAAAAGUAAUGAUAAUAGGUACCAAGCCUAUAUGUUUAUAUAAGUAAAUUGAAUAAGUUAAGCCAAAGGGUUUUUUUUCAAGAUUUUUCAAUAAUGCCUAUGAAAUGAUUAAAAAUAUUAAUAAGGGGAGUGGAAAAGGUAAUAAUUUUGAACAAAACAGAAAAGUCUCCAAUUUUGUAAUACUUCCAUGAUAUUUGCAUCACAUAUAUAUUAUACAUGUAUGUCAAUCUUCGCUGUAGCAAGUGUCCUUAAAUGAAAAAGAAUACAUCGUAAAACCAACAGAGGUCCACAUCGAGAAGUGCUAUUUCUGUCCAGUAUUCCACAUUGAUUCUUGUAGUAGUCUUGUUAUGCUUUGUAGUUUGCCUUUGUUUAAUGUGAUAUGUUACGUUAUGUAAUAAAUUUUAUCUUUAUUCUGUC